AUGGUUGCAGGAAAAGACGUGUGUAUUUUCUACUCAAAAACAAACGGAUGUAGAUACGGCCUCGAGUGCACAAAGGCUCACAGGAUUCCUUCAAGAAGCAAGGUUGUUGUUAUAAAGAACAUGUACUUGUAUCCUAGGAAUGAUCCGGAAUCUGUGCUGAGUAAGGAUGCGGUCCAGAUUCACCUCGACCUUUUUUACGAGGAUUGGUUUUCGGAGAUGUCUGUAAAGUAUGGCGCUGUCAGAAUGCUUGCAAUUGCUUCCAACAUCUCUCCCCAGCUUCUGGGGAACAUUUACAUUGAGUUUGAGGAGGAGAGGGCCGCUCUAAGAUGCAUGGAAGAGAUCGGAAAAAGAUAUUAUUGUGGAAAGAGGAUAGUUGUUGAGCUUGGAAACUGCUAUAGAAUAAGUGACGGUGUGUGUACCGAUCAUGAAAAAGACUUGUGUGCAAAGGGAGAGAGAUGCGGAUUCAUACAUGUUGCAAAGGCGACGGCAAGUCUUGUGGAGGAGCUACUUGCAUCUCAAAGACUACUAUACACACAAAUAGGUUCUAUGGGAAAAAACAGGCCCGAUGAGAGAAAUAUCACAAGUCAGGCAAAUUGGGUAGAAGGAUCGUUAAGAGAUGGAAAUAGAAUCGAGAAUUACCAUGCAGACAGAAGAAGGCUAGAAAGCCAAGAAAAUGCCAAGCGAUCUAAAAGAAUGCCCACUGGACGUAUGGAAAAGCACAGGUGGAGCGAUGGGAGCCCAAGAAGUGGAAUGAACUACUAUAGAAGAAAUUAG